UUUAUCACUCAUCAUCAGCAUCAUCGGAUUACAAUCUCUAUCGUUCAGCCUUUUGCUUUUUCCACAACCCUUCUUCUACUACCGGCCUUUCUUCACCAAUCCUUUACCUCUUCAUAUUCUCCCACUUACUCUCGUUUCUCUUGGCCAUUCAUAUAACUACACCACGGAAACUGGACAGGCACACCUCCACUCCUGUUCUUUGCAUUCUGAAACUACGUCAAGCAAUCACCGUCGCCCGAGCACUCCAAAUACUUGGCUCUGAGUCGAUGCCGCAGGCCGGCUGUGCCUCUCCGAAUCAUCUGACUAUACAUUCCGAUCUGCAGUUGCUCUAAGCCCCUCCUUCUGAUCCUUAGGACGAGUGAUCGCUCCCCAGAUCGACUCCUCAGUCUUGACUGUCUUAUGUCCCAGCACGGUGAGGUGGAUGACAAGAGUGGAAAAAUGGCCAUUUCAUAUGCAAGUGGACUUUCCGCCGAUCACACCCAGUCUCUGCCCUCGUUUCGAGAGCUUCUCCCGCCUCAUCUGCAUGACGAAAUCGAGUCCGGCUCGUACCUGUCAUCCCGGCAACCAUCAUCGCACGAGCGUCCUGCGUCAUUGAACCAUGAGUUUGGACCUGCAUCCAGGCCCCUCUCAGGCCGGACACCCUACGGAUCUCCUUCUAAAAUGCUGGGGGAACGGGCGCCUGUCCAGCCGCGGUUACCAGGGAACGGAGUACAGCCAGCAGCCGCUCGUGGCCCGAGUCCUAUCCUGCCAUCCAUCCGAGACCUUCAAACCAUUCCCGAUCGCUCUCUGAAUGCGCCAGCCACCGGAUUACCAGAUCACCGGGGACCAUCCCGGACGGAUGCAUUUGCGGUUCAGGAAUUUCGAGGGGGUGCCGUUGGCGCACCACCUACGAGUUUACCGGGCUCAAUGGGUGACCGGCGGGAUCCAUAUGCUGGAAACAGCCAGGCCUCUUCGCAGUCAUUGCCGCCAUCACAACAGUCAAACUUCGGCAUCUUGGGGGACUCGGUUGAUUCGAAGAACAAGCGCAGGCGAGGGAAUCUUCCCAAGCCAGUCACUGAUAUUUUAAGGGCCUGGUUCCAUGAGCAUCUGGAUCACCCCUACCCGAGCGAGGAAGAUAAACAGAUGUUCAUGACCCGCACCGGGCUUACGAUCAGCCAGAUUAGCAACUGGUUUAUCAAUGCACGGAGACGACAGCUUCCCGCGCUUCGGAAUCAGAUGCGAAAUGGUGCUAGUGAUCUUGAUUCGCAGCGGCAAUCACCGUUCAGCGACAUGGAGCAAACGUCUUCCGAGUCACCGAAUAGGCUCAACACCGAGCAAGAAUAG